UGCACUUCUUAUCAAGCGCAGCAACUCUUCAGUUAGGUGAUAGCAUUGCUACUGUUCAGUCUGUGUAACGACGGAUUAGUGAUGCUAUUGCAUAGAAUCCAUCUUGUUCUUUUCAUAAUUGAAUUAUACUUCAUUCUAUGUAGCGGGAAAAGUGCCUGUUUUAUUGAAUCCAAUUUGAAACGUAUAAGUGGGCGCAGCACAAAUUAUGAUAAUGGGUCCAUCAUCUGUGAAUAUACAAAUAUUCCCUAUGCGUGGAAACCGAAAAGGUUUGAGCCUGCGAAAUUGAUGCCCAUAGAAGAGAUCUUUAAUAGGCUCUUCAAAAAUGCUCCGAAGAAAUGUAUUCAAGCAAUAGAUUACUUUGUUUCUGGACAGGAAAAUUGUCUCUACUUACAUAUAUACUCAUUAUGGUCUGAGAACGUAACACGACCAUUACAACCUGUUUUUGUGUAUUUGCAUGGAGGGACCUUCAAUACGGGCACAGCACAGGAAGAAAUCAACAACUUUGAAGAGUUUUUACUAGAGGGAAUCAUUUUCGUAACACUUAACUAUCGUCUAGGAUUAUUCGGAUUUUCAUCGAUUGCCAACGAAGGGAUCGAACCUAAUUUGGGUUUUAAGGACCAACAACUGGCUCUCAAAUGGAUACAAGAUUAUAUUUAUAAUUUCGGUGGCGACCCAAAGCAAAUUACGCUGGCCGGUUGGAGCGCAGGUGCAGCCGCAGCAACUUAUCAUUUGUACUCAGAAGGUUCCAAAAAUCUUUUUAGUAAAGCCAUCUUGAUUAGUGGAAGCUUUCUUAAUCCUUGGGCAUUCAAUAUUGAAACAGAGCGAUGCACACUAAAGUUUUGUGAGGACCUCAAAAUCCAAAACUGUUCAAAAUUGGCUUUACGAAGACAGACAACUCGGAAGCUUAUGGCUCAAUAUUUACUGAACUCACACUUCGACCAUUUUGGUAUCCAAUUUCCUUGCUUUCUACCGUCCAUCGAUGUAAAUGGAAGUUCGAUAUCAGAACCACCGCACCUUCUUCUUAGUAAAAAGCCAGUUAAUGAUGUACCUGUAUUAAUGGGAUAUACUUCGCUUGAAGAUAAUUGUGAUGUACAAUGGGGUAAUGAGUAUUCUAUGAACAAUUACACGUUCCCUUCAAAUAAUAAGAAAAUAUUUGAGAUUUUCGAAAAUAUAAGUAUCAUUUUGAGGGCGAAAGAAACUAAACAAAAUGUGGAUUCGCUUCGGCGGAUGGCAGAUAUGCACCAUGGCAUCUUUAAAUUUGCAGAUGUUUAUUCAGGAUAUUCGAAAAAUCCAUUGUAUUUGUAUAGAUUUGCACCUGCGCAUGAUGAUGGACAGUUAUGCUUUUCUGUUGAGAAAGGCGCAUUACAUGGAGACGAUAUGAGAUUCAUUUUCUGGAAAGUAGAGCCCCCCUUUAGCAAAAGGAGUGUUAAGCUGCGGCUGGAGCUGAUUGAACUAUGGAUCAAUUUUAUUAAAUAUGGGUAUCCUUCUCCGAAAGAAUAUACUACGACUUUAUCCGAGCCCUGGAAACCAUAUGAAAGAGUUAAUCGAACCAUUUUGAAUAUCGGUGGAAAAUUAACGAUUAGAAAACAGAAGUUCUCCAAAUUUUAUCUGUUUUGGGAUGUAUUUUAUGAUUGUGCUAUGUUUGAAAGAUGUGAUAGUUUGACAAAACAAAUGGAGAAAUAUAAAUAGAAAUAAAUAAAAGUUCCAUUGCCAUGCA